AACUCCAACGAGGGUUCUUUAUUACCGGCAUUGAGGACGCCAUCACUGCCGGUACAGGAAGGAGUGGGGCCAAAUUAAUCUUAUAAUAGUCUUUUAAAUUUUUUUUAUUUAUUAGAGUAUUCAUUUGUAAAAACCUCGUUAAUUACAAAAUGCCCGGGUAUUCCGACAGAGACCGCAGCCGCGACAGAAGCAAUUAUGGCAACAGUUACAGCAACGGGCCUCCGCGCUUUGGUGGGAGUCGAAGUGGUCCAUCGGCCGGGAAGAAGUUCGGCAGUCCGGGAGACAGACUGCGCAAGAAACACUGGAACCUGGACGAGCUGCCCAAAUUCGAGAAGAACUUUUACCAGGAGCACCCGGAUGUAGCGCGCAGGUCACCGCAAGAAGUUGAGCAGUACAGGAGGAGCAAAGAGAUCACAGUCAAAGGGAGAGACUGUCCCAAACCUACAAUUAGGUUUCAUGAGGCCAACUUUCCCUCUUAUGUAAUGGACGUGAUCAAUAAAAUGAACUGGACUGAACCAACUCCGAUUCAAUCUCAGGGGUGGCCACUGGCACUCAGUGGCAAAGAUAUGGUUGGCAUUGCCCAGACCGGAUCUGGGAAAACGCUUUCGUAUUUGCUUCCUGCUAUUGUGCACAUAAACCACCAACCAUUCCUGGAGCGUGGAGAUGGACCCAUUUGCCUGGUGUUGGCUCCCACUCGUGAGUUAGCCCAACAAGUCCAGCAGGUAGCAGUAGACUACGGCAAAGCUUCUCGUCUCAAGUCCACCUGCAUCUAUGGAGGAGCUCCUAAAGGACCACAGAUUCGUGACCUAGAGAGGGGGGUUGAGAUCUGCAUUGCUACUCCAGGGAGGCUUAUUGACUUCCUGGAAGCUGGAAAGACAAAUCUGCGCAGGUGCACAUAUCUGGUGCUGGACGAGGCUGACAGAAUGCUGGAUAUGGGCUUUGAACCUCAAAUCCGUAAAAUUGUUGACCAAAUCAGGCCGGACAGACAGACUCUGAUGUGGAGCGCUACCUGGCCCAAAGAGGUCCGUCAGCUGGCUGAGGACUUCUUGAAAGAUUAUGUCCAGAUCAAUGUGGGAGCUCUGCAGCUCAGUGCCAACCACAACAUCCUGCAGAUAGUGGAUGUAUGCAAUGAUGGAGAGAAGGAGGACAAGUUGCUGCGCCUGCUAGAGGAGAUCAUGAGCGAGAAGGAGAACAAGACCAUCAUCUUUGUGGAAACUAAGAGGAGAUGCGAUGACCUCACGAGGAGGAUGCGCAGGGACGGGUGGCCUGCAAUGGGUAUACAUGGAGACAAAAGCCAGCAGGAGAGAGACUGGGUGCUCAAUGAAUUCAAGUUUGGCAAAGCACCCAUUCUAAUUGCUACUGACGUGGCAUCAAGAGGUCUAGAUGUCGAGGAUGUCAAGUUUGUAAUUAAUUUCGAUUAUCCCAACAACUCUGAGGACUACAUCCACCGCAUUGGCCGCACGGCACGUAGCCAGAAAACUGGAACAGCCUACACCUUCUUCACACCUAACAACUUUAAGCAAGCGCAAGACCUUGUCUCUGUCCUCCGUGAAGCCAACCAGGCCAUCAAUCCCAAACUCAUCCAGAUGGCAGAAGACAGAGGAGGUCGUUCAAGGGGCGGUCGAGGUGGCGGGUAUAGAGAUGAUCGCCGGGAUCGGUACUCCGGAGGCAGACGGGACUAUAACUACAGCCAAGACAGUCGUGGAAGUGAUCGCAGUUACGACAAUGGACCAAAGAAAGCCUUCAGUAACAAGACACAGAAUGGUGCAACAUACAGUAAUGGGGCCAGCAAUUACAAUGGAAACAGCAAUAAUGGCUUUAAUGGGGCUUACAAUGGACAGUCCAACUUUAAUGGCAAUCAGGCUGGUAGCUUUGGAAACCAGAGUUUCCAGAACAAGCAGUUUGGUGCCAACCAGGGUACCGCUCAGAAUGGUGCAAAUCACAACGCACAGUUUCCCUUCAACCCUCAGCAGCAGCCAAUGCAGCCCAUGAUGCCCUUUUCCAUGCCCCCUCCUAACUUUCCCUAGAUAAACUCACGCACACAUCUGUAUACGCACAGUAUAAUUUAUUGCCUUGUGUAACUUCCAUAUUUCAUAACUGUUCCAUCAUGAACAGGAUUUGUUUUCCAUCUUCGUGUCCUAAAGUCUGCAGUGCAGCAGUAGUGAUGGUGCACUUUUGUGGAUUAUUUUUUUUUUUUUUUUAUAUUCCAUAUUACACUUUUUGUACUGGUUUCAUCCAUUUAUUAUAAAUUUAAACUUUCAGAUAUUAUUCCGGGCCAUUACAUGGCCCUUAAAUAAAACAAAAUGCCCACA